AUGGGCCCUAUGAUAGAAGGGGGCGAUGACGAACCUCGAGACGACGAGCUGGACUUGCGCGAUGCUAGCUCUGAUGUCGGUGCUGACGCUGAUGUAAAUGAGCUGGAUGAGCGGGACCUUGUUGGCGCGGAUAGUGGAGACGUACUUGCUCUAGACGAGGAGGAUCCUUCUACCCUCUCGGGGAGUCAGGAUGCGUCUGCGUCGGGGGUGGAGGCGUCGGAUUCGACGUCUGAGGGGGACAGAGCACGUUCGCGUGAGCGGGUGCAUGAUAGCGUUGAUGAUUUAGGCUCUAUACCGGACGAUACGCCUUCUGUCCAGGGUUCUCUCGUCUCGUCACCUGGUAGUAGCGCAUUUGCUUAUCGCGGAUCAACUUCGAAUCUCAGCCCGGUCCCCCACCGUCCGUUCGAUCGCCGAUUCCAAUCUCGUCUCUCGGUCUCGUCGAUUCCCCCUAGUGCUCGACCCGUCUCUCCGGCACUAAGUCUUGCGCAUUCUCGAAACUCGUCGCUGGCAAGUCACCUUCGGUUUGACGCCAGUACGCCGGACUUGCUUGAGGAGCCAGAGCCUGCGCCAUGGGAGGUAAUUCGCUGGACCAAGCUUAAGAAGAUAGCUGGCCAGGUGUUUUCGGAGGUUGGGAAGAGGAACUUUGGCAGACCGACGUGUAUGGCUGUGUCUACGUCGAUUGUGCUAGGAACGACCAAGGGAGUUAUUCUCGUCUUUGAUUAUCAGCAGAAUCUCAAAUCUAUUAUCGGGCCAGGAACAAAAGCCGUUUCGUCUGGUGCUGUUACUUCGCUGGCUAUAUCUGCAGACCACACCACGCUUGCUGGCGGUCAUGCAGAUGGAACGAUUUAUACCUGGGAGAUCGCGCGACCUGCGCGACCAUUCCUUCACAUUCUACCAUUUCCUAAAGAUCAACUUGACUCGCGCCGGGUUGAUGGCCAUGUCGCUGGUGUAUCAGUAAUCCACAUUGGCUUUUUAGGAACCAGGCACACUGCCCUUGUCUCGGCUGACGAUAGCGGGAUGGCAUUUUCGCACCUUGCAACUCGAGGGAUGGGGGCUGUCGGGCGAGUAGUGAGAACUACCCGUAUUCUAGGUCGCUAUCCUGACCUUUCCCCCACUGCUGUGACCCGGAAACCCAGCUCUGUCCUUGCUUUCUCCCCUCUUCCUCUAGGCAACGUCGAUCAGCAAACUGAUUCGCUGGGGUUGGUUGCAAUGCUCACACCAUACCUUUUAGUGAUUGUUUCCACUACCCCAGUUGCUAGAACCCAAUAUAAAUCUGGACGGCCUAAAGAACUUGCAGCGCAUAGUGCAUUGACUGCAACGCUCGCUUGGUUCCCAGCUAUAAAGCUGAAAGGGAAGAACUCGGAAGUAUCAAAGACGAAACUUGUGUACUGCUGGUCAAAUGUGCUUACGAUUCUGGAUGUUGAUGAGAAUGAUCGCGCAAAUGACGAUGAUAAGGAUAGGCCGGUUAGCCUCAGGUUCAAGCCGCGAUGUAGAUGGCGGGCUGACGAGGCUAUUGUUGCUGUGCAAUGGAUAAGCCGUUCAGUCCUGGCUGUGAUGACAAUUACUCAACAACUCCUUAUCCUAGAAGAUAACUCUCUGCGAGUCACUGAUUCGUCUGACCUGAUACAUAAACAUAUUUAUCACGUUGAUCUGUUUUCGAGGCAACUUCACACACUUGUUGAGCAGCUUAACGAUGAUGACGACAGCGAACCGGACCACUCAAUGCACGGUGUGAUCGCCGAUGCGUUCUACAUGAGCUUUCGAGCGUAUAAGGGUCGUCUGUUCCUUCUCGGGUUCAACGAUAUUUGCGUGGGCAGCUUGUCGAAUUGGGCUGAUCGACUUCUUGCCUUGGUCGAAAGCGGUGAUUUCAUCGGGGCCAUUCGUCUCGCUACAGCAUUUUAUAUUGGCCAUUCUGAGAAACUUACCGUUGGGCUUCCUGAGGAAGACAAAUUAAGACACGAGGUUGUACGGGAAAAAUUACUUGAAAUGAUGUCAGCUUCUCUCCGGUUCGCCUUUGGAAAAAAUGCUGAGUCUGAUAUCGAGCGGCUCCAAAAGUCGCAACUAAGCGAUCUGGCGGAUGCAUGCAUAUUUGCUUGCGAUGCCAUGGAUAACCAUGAUUUUCUGUUUGAAGACGUUUACUCCUGGUACGAGGAACAUGAAGCCUAUGGUGUUUUCAUGGACGCUCUUGAACCAUACAUUGUCAAGGGUAGCGUGCGUGCUCUCCCGCCGGCCGCUGUGAAGUCCUUGAUUACUCACUUCGUAACAACUCAUACUGCCAGCCGACUUGAAGAAAUCAUCUGUCUCCUUGAAACUGAUACAAUGGACAUAGACCAAGUGACAACUCUAUGCAAAAAGCAUAAUCUUUAUGAUGCCUUCAUAUACGUCUGGAAUCGUGCUCUACAUGACUAUGUCAGCCCUCUUCAGGAGUUACUCAACCUCAUCCAUAAAGCCAAGGGCGCUGAUAAAGAUCCGGAAGCCGUCGCGAAAGACCGUGCAAACGCGUUAAAGAUGUUUCCCUACCUUUCUUACAUUCUUACAUCUCGUGUUUACCCAACUGGAGAUGAACUAGAGGAACACGAAGCGUUGCCUGCGAAAAGCGAGCUUUACAAACUUUUGUUUUCCGGAAAGCCUGAUCGUGGUGGUAAACAGCAGACAAAUGGCCCAUCCCCAUUCCACAGUCUCCAAACGAUGUUAGAAUUCGAUACCCCCAGCUUUAUGAGCAUGCUCAACGAGGCCUUUGAGGAUAGCUUUCUGAACGACCCAAUUGAUCAGUGGAAUAACGGGGAACAAACUAGGCCCGUCGAUGGCUCAUCAAUGAACCGCCAGUAUCUAAUAAGGAUACUUCUUGGAAUUAUGGACUCGAAUUCAUCCAAUUUCGGUCCUGCUGACACGAUUUACCUUGAUAUGUUCAUCGCUCGGAAUCUCCCCAAAUACCCUCAAUAUAUACUUCUCUCUGGCUCAACUCUACAGGAGGUCCUGCAGCAUGUAUUUGUUUGCAUUCGUGACUAUCUGCGGCCGAGUUCUCCCCUUAGCAAAAAGCAGCGCCGAAGCCUUUUAACUACAAUGGAAGAGAUCGCAAGAGAACUAGCUUUAAUAGAUAUCUACGAGACGGCGCACACCGUGCAAUUGUUGGCCCCCGAACUUCACGAUAAAUUUCUUCAGGCGCUACAAAAUGACUCCGGAAGCCAAUAUGAAUACCUUCAUACCAUCCUUGAGGACGGGCAGAAACGGAGAACAGACACGGUAUCCGCGACUAACGUUAGCCAUGAGCUUAUUGAGCGAUACCUCCAAUUAAUGUGUCAAUACAACCCAUCCCACGUUGCUGAUUUCAUUAACUUGAUGAAGGUGGGAGACCUCCAGUUAGAAGCAGUGCUCCCUUAUAUAGAGAAUAGUGGCAUCGUGGAUGCUGCAGUAAUUCUCCUUGCGAAACAGGGAGAAGUCACCAACGCUAUGGAGAGGCUGACGAGGCACCUCUCGACUUUGGAAGCUGGGCUCUCUGGUCUUCUACAGAAUGCCGACGAGACUCCUGACUCAGCAAAUGCUGCGGAAGCUGUGACAGACUUGAUUCUCUCCGUUGAGAAGUACACGCGGGUUGGAACUUGGCUAUGCAAAGAACAGAGCAAGGUAGCAAGAAAAGUCCACCAGGGAGGCAAGUUUAAUAAGCGAGGAAGCUCUGUGUUUGAACAGCCUCUAACAUUCGAUGAGAACUUAUGGCUUGUCCUUAUUGAGGCCGUUGUGAAAAUAGCUCAACAAAUCUCGCCCUUGUUAAAACGCGGGCUCCUUGAAGAUAAUAACAAAAAACCUAGGGAGGCCUGGCAGGUGGAAGCCGACGAGGAUACUGAGGAUGCUAACCAGCCUGGUCAUUUAUCAUCCUCCUUCAAAUCUCUAGUGCAACAAGUUUUCACCUCGUUGCUGACUAGCACCACAAAGGCCAGGCAUGCACCACAUCAGAACACAGAUGUGUCAUUCCUUCGCAUUCUUCGCGCGUUCCUCACUCGGGCCGCAGCAGCAUCUCCAUCCUUAUCUGAGCUUCGGACCGUGAUUGGCUCCAUAUUUUCAGCAUACACCUACGAAGAGUCCCUGUUAUCACUUGCCAACACGAUGCUUGAGAAGGACUUGUUCGUGCAUGUGAAUGAAAUCACCAAGCUUCGGCAAAAGGGGUGGAGGCCACGCGGGCAAGUCUGUGAAGUAUGCAGACGGCGUGCCUGGGGCCCUGGUACAGGGGCACACAUAUGGGAUGCAUGGGAAAAGAAAUGGGACCAACAGCAAAGGCGGAGGCACCAGGAUAUAGACAAGGACGAGGGUAGAGACGAGGGUUCGUCUUCGAGGAACAAAGGCAAAGGCGUUGCUGUACCUUCGCUGCCUACCUUCAGCCUUUCACCAAACGCACCUUCUUCGCAAAGGGAGACAACAAAUACAGCAGCUCCAGGCAAUAUCCCUGGCGACAGUGGUACAAAUACUAACGGAGAAGGGUCAUCUCAAGCAGUUGGCGAAUCAUCGGCAAAUGACACCAGUGUUGCCACUGCUACAGCAUCCACAGACCUUGGGCCUAUUCUAGUAUUUGGGUGCAGACAUCUAUAUCACCAGUCCUGCCUUACCAAGACGGUGGCUCAGCAAGGCCUCGGCGAUAACGCUUCUUCCUCUGUAUCUCCUGAACCAACAUUCCGUCCCUCUCAAUAUGUUCAUGAUCGGGCUGGGCCUCGACAGUUUUCGUGUUUGUUGUGUAAAUAG